AUUAAUAAUAUAAGUUUUGCGUGUUCAAGGUUGAGAAUCUUUCACAAAAGAAAGCAACCUGUUGACUAUGCCUGUCAAUAUAAACGGCGGCGUCGAAACGAGUCACUUAAAUCUUAAACAACAUGUCGUCUUUACCUGUUUUAGCACUGUCAAGGAGUCAAUAACUUUGCUGUUUGCUAUUGAUUGAUGGCUUAAGUGGUGCAAUAGCUUCUGCUUACUGUGUAAAGUUGCGCAUUUUAAUAGCAAUAGUCCUGCUCGCCUUUAACAAACUAAACUGAAGCUCGUCCAACAAAGUGCACAAAAAGCGAGCCAUUACAAGCAUGUUGCUGAUUUCACCCCCUUGUAUGUAUGGCACAGAUCUAUCAGAACGACAAUGGUGACCCUACGUACGUACGAACACAAAUAUGCCCGGCCUCAUUGACAAAUGUGUUCCAUGUUGUUAUUAGUUCUAGUUUUAAUUUUGUUUGAUCUCCACAACAAAGAAUAACAAAAAGAGCCCUCACGACACACUAACACCGGCGCGGAGUCCGCCAGAGAAGUGGGAAAUCUUACAGGUAUGACUGUGUACAUCAUAGCGGCAGUCUGUGCCGCCAUGCUCCGCCCCGUGACGGUCCAGGCGGCGGCUGACGUGACGGCUCCUGCGGGAAGACUUGUCGGGCUGGAGCAGGACGUGUUCGGGACGACAGUUCACGCCUUCCUCGGGAUCCCGUACGCACAUCCCCCGGUCGGCGACGGGCGGUUCCGGAGAGCUGAGCGUCUACCUCCGUGGGACGGAGUCUACAAUGCAACAACGUACCCCGACAUGUGUAUCCAAGCGUCAAACCUUGUCGCAGUGGGAGGGGAGAUUACCCAGCAGAGCGAGGACUGUCUGUACCUGAGCGUGUGGCAGCCCGACCCAGUCCCGACCCGAGCCGCAGUCAUGGUCUGGAUUCACGGCGGCGGGUUCAGGACUGGCUCGUCUGCGCAGUACACAGGGAAGUAUCUGACCGCAGCUGAAGGAGUGAUCGUGGUGACCGUCAACUACCGAGUCGGUCCGCUGGGAUUCCUGUGCACAGGAACUGAUGACGCGCCCGGAAACAUGGGUCUGACGGACCAGCUCCUGGCCCUGCAGUGGGUACAGGACAACAUACCGUCUUUCGGGGGCGAUGCCUCCCGGGUGACCAUUUUCGGUCACAGUGCGGGUGCGUCAAGUGUAGGUUUCCAUCUCCUGUCACCGGCAAGCAGAAACGUCUUCAGCCGGGCUAUUUUGCAGAGUGGUACCGCCGUGUUACCGGGUAUGCUCGACACCAUGUCCGACGCUACUGACAAGGCCACGGGGUUUUCUGAAAGCCUCGGCUGUCCAACAGAACACGGUGCAACAGCGCUACUGACCUGCCUGCGGUCUCGGGAUGAACAGCAGUUUGCGACGUUCACCAUGUUCCAGCCGGUUGUGGACAACAACUUCAUCCCUACAAACCCGUCGGAUGCCCUUAACCAUGGCAUGUUCAAAAAGGCCGACAUUCUGAUCGGGACCAAUCCAAACGAAUUUGUCUUCUUCUUUAGCAUCCUCGGCAUUCCUGGUUUCAGCGUCGGCUCGGAAAGUACGGUCGACAGAGAGCAGUUCUUACAAACUAUGAACGCAGGCAUGAUACGAGUACCAGAGCUCAAUGCAUUAGCAUUGGAGGCGGUAGAGUUCCAGUAUACAGACUGGCUACACCCUGACAAAGACACAAGGUACCGGGACAUCCUUGACGCCGCAAGGGGAGACUACUCCUUCGUCUGCCCGGCUGUUACCACGGCCCGCGCCCAUGCCCGACACGGCGCCGCGGUGUACAUGUACCGGUUUGCUCAUCGCGUCACGGCGUCGCCCUGGCCCGACUGGGUUGUGGCGACCCACGGUGACGAACUCCAGUUCGUGUUCGGACUGCCCACCAUCCCUGAUGUCGGCUACAGUACAGAGGACGCCGCAGUGUCCCACACCGUGAUGCGAUACUGGGCAAACUUCGCCAAAACAGGCAAUCCAAACAACGACAGCGACAACAACUUUAACGGGCCAGUGUGGAGCGCCUUCACGGAGACUGACAGAGCCUACAUGUUUCUGGACGGGAGCGGGCCGAGGAUGAUGGGCGGUCUGAAGACUACUGAAUGUGCCCUGUGGGACGUCUACGUGCCAUCACUCAUCAACAAAACAGAUCCACAAGACCCGGUGACGCCGGAGCCCGCCCAGUGCCAGACAACUGCAGAAGUUUCCCUCCCAACAGUUUGGGGUCAGAGUCUGACACUGGCGCUUUUCUUCAGCUUCAUCAAGGACGUCCUCAGCUUCAUCACGGCCAUCCUCGCUGUGUAGGAGAUGAUAACUGAAACUUAGUGAUACAGGCUGGCCAGAUAGUAAUGA